GUCCAGUUUUACCUUGGUAUGUCCAGUUUCCAGUCAUUUCACUAAUGUCAAAAUCUGUCAUAAUUGUGAAAGGUCUAUAUUGCUCACAAAUUAUUUUCUGAAAGAAGCGAAAAGUUUUCAGUCUUUUAGACGUUUCUAAAUAAUUAUUACAAAAUAUGAGUUCUGCCAAAAUGCUUAACUUAUCCAGAGUUGUCGUUCGUAACCUAACCACAUCUGCUCCACGCCGUGUCGCAUCAAAGAAUGAAGUAGAAAAGGGUUACUUCGAAUUGAAGAAAGUGCAGGAGCACUUUCAAAAAUCCGAUGGCAAACCAGUGUUCCUUAAGGGAUCAUUUGCCGAUCAACUUUUGUACCGUUUAACCGUCGCUCUCAGUUUGGCCGGUAUUGGUGGCAUGGUGAAAUUGUUCUACGAUUUGAGCGUUCCCCAAAGCCAAGAUUAAAUGCGUAACAACAAUGGCUAACAACGCAUCUGUAAUUAAUGUUUUAAAUUAAGCUUUCAAAGUGUAAAAACAUAUGACUAACUUGGAUGUAUCUGUAUGUUUCCUUGUUUUGUGUUGCAGAAUGGUGGAGUAGUGCAAUAUCUAUUGUCUUAACUAUCCAUAAAUGUUUUAUGUUAAAGAUUAAACAUUCACAUAAAUGCAUUUAAAACAUGGAAAUAUACGUAAUACAAAAAACACAAA